AUUCUGUCUAGCUUGCCACGCUGUUUUGUUUUCGGUUGGGUCUCAACAGGAAGUGGAUUCUACGCUGAUUCUGGUCUUAAAUGAAAAUAAAGCAGCUGAUUUUAAAUAUUUAGAGCGAACGUCACUGAAGCAGGAUAUUAAAGGAACGCCAGCCCGGAUCGGAACCACUGAUGCUGAUGAAGAAGAGAAGCCAUACGUGUCUGAUAGCGUCCAGUAUGGCCUCUUUGGUCCUGCUCAUGAUGCUUCUGUACGGCACCUUCAGCACCCAGCAGCCGGGCAGCCACGGCUUCAGACAUGACUACCAGCUGCUGGGCAGACCUCUGUACAAACUGGACCUGAGCUGGCCCAGGAAUCCGGAGAUGUUCACUGGGGAUGUGUUCGCAGUGACUGUGAACCAGUACAGUGGUGUGGUGUAUGUAGCACAGAGAGGUGACAAUGUGCCCAAGGUGCUGGUGUUCACCACAGAUGGAGAUUUCCUCAUGUCCUGGAACACAACCACCCUGGAGAUGCCUCAUGGGAUAUUUUUAGCAGACGCCGCCUCAUCAAACCCCACCGUGUGGAUCACAGAUGUGGGGAACGGCCCGUAUGGUCACUGCAUCAAACAGUACUCCCCAUCUGGAAAACUCCUGCAGGUGCUGGGUACACCGGGAAAGGCAGGCUCUGGGUUGAACCCUCUUCAGUUUGACCAGCCAGCUGAGAUCUUCAUCGAUGACUCUGGAGAGAUGUACAUUGUGGACGGCGACGGUGGGAUGAACAACCGUCUCAUCAAGCUGUCCAAAGAGCAGGAGGUGUUGUGGAUGCAUGGAGAGAAAGGACAAGGUCUGGCUCAGUUCUACAUCCCACACAGCGUGGCCGUGGAUAACGCCCAGAGGGUGUGGGUGGCCGACAGGGGGAAUAAGAGGAUCCAGGUUUUUAACUCCAUUACUGGGGACUGGUUGGGGACGUGGGGGAGCUGCUUCACUGAGGACGCACCUUACUCCGUUCGCCUGACCCCAGACAGGAAGUACUUUGUUGUUGUCCAGCUGAACACCAACCAGAUUUCGCUGCUGGAUGCCCCACCAGUCGGUUUGAUUGGCCAGUGUAGAGUGGUCAGUGUGAUCCAGCUGGCUGAUGAAGUGAAGCCCCACCUGUUAGACCUGGACCUGAAGACAGGGGCCCUGUAUGUGGCUGAGAUUGGAGCUCAGCAGGCUCAGAAGUUCACCCCCUUCAGUUUGGGUGGGAGUUUCCUGUAGAACCACACUGAGCCUUAACUAAAGAAAUGAAAUGGUGUGAUUGAUCACAAACUAAUCAUCAUAACAUAAGCAUUUCCAAUCAUCUUCAAAUGGACUGAAUGUCCACGCGUUUUGGGUGAACCGCACUAAUAAGAUAAGAUAUUUAAGCCCUGUCUCCUAGAAAUGACCUUAAAGUUAAACAGUAAUUAUGUUUUCAUUAAAAACAUAAUUUCAUGUAAUCUGUAUUUUUUUUAAAUCAUCAAAAUAAGGAAAUGUUCGACAUCCUCUGGAGAAAGAGUAAUGUUUUUUUAUUAUUUUUGCAGCACUUAAUUAAAGGCUUUUUUAAAGCUAAAAGAAGUCAAUGAUGACUUGAAGCGUGAUACAGACCAACAUCCAUCUCUACAUACUACUACACUUUGAGAGUAUACAUUGUUUUAAGAGCAAAUCUGAUAGAUGUAAUAAAAAAGCAGAUACUCAAUAUUAAAUGAGCACGAUCAGCAUACUUUGAAUUGAGCCAUUUGACGUCUAAGUGAGAAAUAUAUAUAACGGCCACUUCAAUCAGACUCUAGUGUCGUAGAGCAUUUUGCAUAAAUAUAAAUAUAAUGUUUUUGACACAGGGCUUUCUUUGGCUCAGCAUGCGCUGGUUUAAGUUAUAUAUUCAAUAUUCAGGACUCCAUGCUACACUGGAAUUCAUUGUAAGGUCCAGCAGUGACUUAGGAAAAUAAUUGAUAUCACUGGACCAGGUAUCUGUAAAUAUGUUGUAAAUACAGCUGCAGCGAUUAGUCAAUUAGUUGUCAACUGUUAAAUUAAUUGCCAACUAUUUUGAUAAUUGAUGAAUUGUUUUGAAUCUUUUUUUUAAAAGAAUUCUUUAAUUUCAGUUUCUCACAUUUUUUCUGCUUUCUUUGGUCUUCUUUGACAGGAAUACUGAUUCAGUGAUCAGCAUUUUAUGGAUGAACAGAUUUAGUGAUAAUGAAAAUAAUGAUAUUGAAAUGAAUCUGACUAGAUCAUUUUAAUAUUUAAUUUUUAGGAAAAUCUAAACAAAACCACUAUCAGAAUAAAAGGAUCUAAAACAGAUUCUUCACAAUAAAAGGGAGAAUCAUGUUGUACUGUUACUGAUCAUUACUAUCGUAAAAUAUUUUCCAGUGUUUUCUCUUUGUGAAGUUAUGUACCAUGUGUAUUUUCUCUUGCACUGCUUCAGAGACGAGGUGUUUCUUUUCAUUGUUUUUCUACUGCAGACACUUUUUGCCAGUUUAGCCUUUGGCCAGUUUAUGGCUGUUUUUGAAGACAUUGGUAUGAUAACACAUGUUCAUGUGUUAGAGGCUUGAAUUGAACUGUUUUGCACUCUGUUUGAUUUGUGUUGUCUGUCAAUAAGCGCUGCUUUGAAAACACUUCAUAAUGCUGUGAACAAGUACAGUGUAUGAUUGGUUCAUUCUUUAUGAAAAAUGGUUGUGUCUGUGUAGUUUCCUCUCAGUAAUCUUGAUCAGUCAUGUGACUGUCUUGUAGCAUAUUUCCUGUAUUACAUCAUCAUCUGUAUUUGGAUAUGGUCAUUACUGUGAGAGGUGUAUUGUGAUAGUUUUUUGUCAUUUCCUUUGGCUCAAUUUUCGAAUGAGGAUUAUUUUUAUUAGUUUGUUGUUUAUAAUAGUGAAGUGCCAAAUCGAUAUUUCAUGACACUUUCCAUGCAGAGCAGGUGUAGACUGUACUCUAUAUUAUUAUUUACAGAGACUAAAUCAAAUCAAAUCAAUUUUAUUUGUAUAGCCCAAAGUCACAAAGUACAUUUGCCUCAGAGGGCUUUACAAUCUGUACAGGGAGUGACACCCUCUGUCCUUAGACCCUCGGUUCUACUAACUAACAAUUCACCAAAUGAUCCAAUCGCUUAUCAGAAUCUAUAUUUCAUAAAUACCUAUGAGGAAUGUUUGUGAUGUUGACGGACAUUUCUGACCAGACCAACACUGAUUGAUAAGAGUCCACCAGGUGAUGAUACUUGUAGAGUUAUGUGCUGCUGUCAUUUUAUCGUUGUUGCGAUUUGUUUUUUUGUCACGACACAACACAUCAGAUUUAGACUGUAUACAUACAUAUAUGCAUAUCCUUUCUCUGUGUAUUACAGUAAUGACGAGCUAGACAAAUACUUUCUUGUGCAGCGCAGUAAGCAGUCAGUGUCGAACAAAACAUUUCCAGGCCUGACUGCCACAGUGAAAAAACAGUCCACAUGAUGACAGAAACACCUUCUCUUUUGGUGGCACUGAUGUUUUGAGAGUUAAGUUUAGAGAAUAUUAAGACUUGUCUUUUUAAGUCAUGGCGUUCAUGUUGCUUUUUUCACUCAGUCCAAGUGUAACUUGUGGCCACUUGCUGCUGCUCUGUUGUCAGGAAAACAGUUCACAUGAAAAUUGAAGCUUUGACACGACAAAUAACAGAAAGCCUGCGUGCAUGUGGAUUUUAAAGUGAUGAUCUAAUGAAAACGUGCAUGUUGAGCCUCUGCUGCUUUAUUUACUGCUGUUUUUCACUCUCUUCUAAAUCCCCCCCAGCAAAUGGAAGUACAAUACUAUCUCACUGCUGGUGUACUUCUUUAACAGUAAUAUGAUUCAUGUGUCUGAACAUAUUAUCAAGGCGUCUUUUCACUGUAAUAUACUGCACUUUGUCUCUGGAAGCAUCUUGUAGUUCAGAAGUGAUCCAGUUGUUUUGAUGCUAUUGAUGCUGUUACCACUUCCUUAUGAUUACUUGGCCUGGAAAAAUUCUUGAUUUAUAUUGCAAUUAUCGUAACAACCAGAACUGUCUUGAGAUAAAUUGUUUUUGUGGUGUCAUAUUAUGUUUACAUUGUAUGUAUUAUUAAGACUGUUAUCCAUUCUCAUGAAAAUGACUUAAUUCCAAUAUAAUCUGAAUAAAGUUGUGAUCUCCACA